GCAGCAAUCUGGACUUCGAAGUUCGGAGGGAGGAGUGGCGCGUUGCCCAACCUCAUUGCUUGGACCCAUGUUCCUGCUUGUCAUCAGACAACACGAGUGGCAGCUCGAAUGCCUUCCCUGUAGAUCCAAUUGAAGCACGGGCGCUGAGUUUUCGAAAUGAGGGGCGGCCGCUUCCAGCAGAAGGCGGGGGAGGAGGCAAGCAGCCGCAAUGCGGAGGCGCUGUUUGAGAGCCGGUCCGUGGUGGAUAUCAGAGAGGUGGAGGCGCGGAUGCGCAAAGACAUCGAGGAGAAGAAAGAGGAGCUCAGGCAACUGGUGGGGGCGAGCUAUAGAGACCUGAUUGAGUCGGCUGAUUCGAUCCUGGAAAUGCAGAGGUCUUGCGAGGCAGUCGGGGCAAACAUCAGCAGGAUGGAGGAGGGGUUUGAGGCGUUGCACAGGAGCGUGGCGGAUGUCAAGUCGAGUCCAGGCGUGAACGAAGGCCGCGAGCCGCGGGAGCGCGUGUAUGCGGUGGGGGCGCGUGUGAAGUACCUGGUGGACACCCCCGAGAAGAUCUGGGGCUGCCUGGAUGAACACAUGUACCUCGAAGCCGCGGAGCGAUACCAGCGCGCACGCGAGGUUCACCAACUGCUGCUCCAACAAGAGGGCGGCGAGCAGCGCGGCGUGCUGGCACUGUUCCCGCUGCUGCGGCACCAGUGGCCGCUGGUGGAGACGUUCCAGGGGCAGAUCUUACAGCGCAGCCAGGAGCGCCUGCAGGAGGCGGGGCUGCCCGUCACCGACUACGCGACCGCGCUCUCAGGCGCUGCCAUCAUGGGCCGUCUUCAAUCAUCCGCGAUCCUGCCCCUCUUCCUCGACUCCCGCCGCGCCUGGAUCCGCUCCCACCUGCGCCUCUCCCGGGGGGUAUCCCUCUCGCUUGACACCGCCUCGCUGGCCGCCCUCCUGGGGCAGCUGGUGCGCGUCAUCCAAAUGUCACUCUGCCAGACCGGGGAGCUGUUUCUCGAGGCUUCCAGCAGCCGCGCGCCGCUGCUGUUCAGCACGUUGUUGGCGGUGACACCAGCCACGCAGCUUUUUGGAGGGAUCCCCCAGCCGGAGAAGGAGCUGGAACUGUGGAAGGAGCAGAGAGAGGGGCUGGAGGCGCGAGUGACGCCGCUGAGCGGGCGCGCCGUUACGGAAGCCGCGUUGCGCUGGCUGCAGGACUGCGCUGACGACAUCGCGGCAGACGGCCGCACGUUGAUCGCCCAGGUGGGCACCGCCAAGGGCCUCGCUGACAUUGAGUCGGUGGUUCGGACGGAGAUCGGCAAAACCGACGUGUUUUCGGACAGCAUGGAGUGGCUGGUGACUGCGUUUGGAACGGCGCCCGAGUCGCCGUGGGACUGCGUGUGCGAGCUGGUGCUCAAGGAGCCGGUCAACCUGUGGCGGACGCUGUUUGAGAAGCUCUUUACGGACAGGGCCAAGGCCAUCAUCGACGCCUCCUUCUCGGCUCUGAGCGUGACGGAACAGAUGGACGUUGCCCUCGCGGAGACGCACGCUCCCGAGACCGCCUCCGACGACUCCCCCGAAGCGCUUCAGGGCACGGCCGCCGAGUCCACCUGGCAGCUCCCCGCGAGCGAAAAGGACUGGUUCUCUGCCCGCGCUAGUUACUUCAGCCCACGAGUGGCGGCGCUGCGGGACGCGCUCGACGCACGGCUCGGGGAGAUCUUGGACGACGUCACGUGGGUGAUGACGUCAGCGGAGGGCGGGGCGGGGCGAGCGGGCGAGCUGGCGCCGUACUUGCAGGAGCGGUGCUUCUCCGCGGUCCAGGGCAUUGCCAGCGAGCUGGAGGCAAAGCUGGCGGACUUGCAAAAAACGGACGAUGACGUCGAUCAAGCCACGGUCGUGGAGCGAGCGUUGUUCGUUGGGCGCUUCUGUGCCGCUCUCGGGCAGUACUCCACGUUCCUGCCGAUUCUGCUGGGACCCCCGUCGGCGUGGGGGAGUCACAAGGCCACCGAAAAAUCGAGCGGUCCGUUGCGACGCCCCAGCGACUCGGACGGGAACCCCGACGGGCGGCGCUUCUCGCGACGCGGCAGCAUGGACCCGUCGCGAGAGGAAGGCACCAGCAAGCUGACACGUGUCCAGAAGCAGCUGCGGCGCGUGAGCGUGGCGGCGCACCGCGUGUGGGUGACGUGGAGCGCUGAACAGCUGACGGCCAAGUUCGAGCGGGAACUGAGAGGGGACGAGGCGCUGGCAACCACGAGUCCGCUCAAGGGUUGGGAGGAGACGGUGACGCGGCAAGAGGAGGAAGGCGGGCAGUCGGUGGAGAUGCGCAUGUCGCUGCCCGCCAUGCCAUCCGCGUACGCGCUCGCGCUGCUCUUUGCCGCGUGCCGCGAGAUCCACCGCGUUGGCAGCCACACGCUCGACCGGGCCGUGCUGCGCCUCUUUGCGUGGAGCGUCUCGCAACAGAUUCUGAGCAUCUACGAGUCCCUUGUCGCCGACCCUUCAUCCCUCGGCACCCGCGCCUCCGAGAAGGGCAUCCUCCAACUCCUUUUCGACGUCCGCUUUCUUUCGGACGUUCUCGCGGGAGGGUCCGACAUUGGGCCGGACGGCAGUACGAGCGUAGACGACGAAGUGAAGGACCCGGGAACUAGCCUGGCGGGAAACAAGCGCGUGCGCACGAGCACGAGCCAAACGGACGCGGCCGCGCUCGCGCGGAAGCGGCGGGUGCUCGGGAUUCUGGACGGGCUCACCGGGCAGAUCGACCCUAUCGACUGGGCCACGUACGAGCCGUACUUGUGGUCGAACGAGCGGCGGUACUACCACCGGUGCGCGGUGCUGUUUGGCAGUUUGAUCCAGCUGCAGCGGCUGUACACGGACGUGCCGCAGAUGCCCGCAAAGAACGCGGAGAGCAACACGCUCAACAUGGCGCACGCUGUGCCGCGCUUCGCGUACCUGCCCAUCAGCUCCCCUCUGCUAGCCAACGGCGGAAGCGGCCCCCGUUCUCGUCGUGGCUCCCUCCAAGAGCCUGGCGCCGUGACAUCGCCGUGGCGCGCCGCGCUCAGCGAUGACGUCAGCAGUUUCUCGUUUGCGGAGCCGCAGGCGGCCUUGGGGCUGGGCGCGGCCAAGCCGCUGUUCAAGUCGAUCAUAGGCACGGUUGGUAGUAAGUUCAACGAGAACCCCUUCAAGCUUCUCGAAGGCCAGGCCGGCCGCCUCAAGGACUCGCUCGCGUUGAAUCUGCCUGGAAACGUCUCCUCUUUCCUCUCUGGAGGUCAGCGGGAUCAAUAACUAUACGUAAAGCUGGGAAGAAACCGCCACUGGGCUCGGCACCGUCGUUGCUGUUCACACUAUAACCUCCUCCUUCCAAGAGCCUCAUUUCACUUCGUCCCUCAACCAUACGACCUGGGGUGUGCGUGUUGAGGCAGGCCUUUGAACCACUGAGGCUUGGCCCUUCAGAUACAGCGCGCCAUCUUUUAAUCCUCGAGAGUCCUCUGGUCCAAGGCUUGCCAAAAUGGCAACAGACAAUUGUCGGACUGCAUACGUGAUCGACGUGCCGUCAUCUUACGUUUAUCGGCCAGUCAAACGCCGGAACAUUAGACAUGUCCGGGCAUACAUGCAUCAGUGCAUAGUGCAUUAUAGUGCUUCUACUUAAAGAGAGCCUAUCCGAUGACGACUAAUUGGAACAAC